UUCAUUUUUAAUUUGAUGAAAAAUUUUUCCAUUUACUAAACAACAUGACAAUUUGUGAUUGCCAUCUAGUGCCAGAUAGAAAUUCAAAUGUUUUUUUUUGUUUUUGUUUUUGUUUUGUUUUGUUAUAUUUCAAAAUAUGAAACGCAUCAAUCAAUUCUAAUGAAUGUCUCUCUUUUUUGUAUUUACAAAACACAUUCAAAUUCACAACACAAACAAGAAAAAAAAAUGAUACUUGAUUUCCCACACACCCACAAAAUUAACAAAAAAAAAAUACUUGUGAUCUUAUGAUCGAUUGAUUGAUUAUCAAUAAUGAUGAUGAGGAUGAUGGAAAUCAAAUAAUUUGAACGUGUGUCGUAUAUCGUACACAAUCGUGUUUGUAUGCGCGUUUGUAUUUUUUGUUUAUUUGCAUCAUUUAAUCCAAAAAAAAAUUAAUUGAUUAGAAUUUAUCAAAGUGUACAAAGUUCCGCUCGCUUCGGUGAGCCAACAAGUGAAAGUUCAACACAGAUGCGUGAUCGUGCAUAUGAAAUAUGUCGAAAAUAUCUUAGUGGUGAAUGGAACAAAAUAUCAAGUGAUGAUAUGAUCUUUAAAACCGUUAGUGGCGGUUUAAGUAAUCUAUUAUAUUAUUGUUCAUUACCGGCAACACAUACACCGGUGACUGGUGAACCAAGUCAAGUAUUGUUACGAAUGUAUGGCCAAUUAUUGGAUAGAUAUGAUACAAAAAUUACCGAUUCAGUUAUAACAAUGUUAUUAUCAGAACGUAAACUUGGACCAAAACUAUAUGGAAUAUUUCCAGGUGGCCGUCUUGAAGAAUAUAUUCCUGCACGAGCAAUGGUUUGUAAUGAACUUUCCGAUCCAUUGUAUUCAGCGAUUAUAGCAAGAAAAUUGGCAAUUGUACAUCAUUUAAAUGUACCGAUCAAUAAAGAACCAACAUGGUUAUCGGAAUUGUUUGAUUUAUGGUUGAAACAGACAAGAAAACUAGAAAAGGAAAUAUCAACAACAACAACAUCAUCAUCAUCAUCUUCAUCAGAAAUAUCAAAGAUUGAACAGGAAUUAAUACGGUUUGAUUUUGAAAAUGAGAUUAAAAUAUUAUUUCGUAUAUUGGAUCAAUGUGAAUCACCAGUUGUAUUUUGUCAUAAUGAUCUUCAAGAAGGUAAUAUUUUAUUACCAUCAGAUGAUAUGCAUUUGUCUAAAUUGCUCAAUAAUAAUGUAUCGGAAUCGACAAUAACAACAACAACAACGGCGACGGCAACGACAACCAAAAGUGAUGGUGAUAAUGUCAAUGAUAAUGACGAUAAUGAUAAUGGACAAAGAUUGAAUGGCAAUGGCAAACAACAAAAACAACGACGUUCCGAUUUCGAUGAUCAUAUUGUAUUUAUUGAUUUUGAAUUCUGUUCAUAUAAUUAUCGUGGUUUUGAUUUAGCAAAUCAUUUUGUGGAACGUAUGUUUGAUUAUUCCAAUAGUGAAUGGCCACAUUAUUUUGCAUAUAUGGAUCGUUUUCCAAAUGAUGAUGAGAAACGACAUUUUAUUCGUGAAUAUCUUAAACAAUGUUCGGAGCUUAGUACACCAAUACCAUUAUUGGAUAAUGAAGAACAUCUGAUUAAAGAGGUUGAUUUCUAUGCAUUAGCAACACAUUUAUUAUGGACAUUAUGGGGUAUUACUAAUGCACGUACAUCGAAAAUAUCAUUUGGUUAUAUGGAAUAUGGCAAAACACGUCUGGAAGCAUAUCAUAUGCAUAAAAAAUUUGUGCUUGAAAAAUAUUGCCUUAAAAUUGAUUGAUGAUUUGUAGAUAUAUUUAUAAUUUAUUUUUUUUCUAUACAUAUACACCCGUUUAUUACAUUU